AAGGGGAGGAGCAGGAUGGGGACUUCCAGCCAGUGUUUUUUAAGGGGUCUCAAAAGUCCUGCAGUCUCAUUCCAGUUCAGCUCAGACCCUGGCUUCGAGGCACCACUGGGAGCUUCAAGAAAGACAAAAUCAAGAUGCCAGAGCCUGCAAAGAAAACAGCUUCUGCUUUCACCAAGAAGCCAAAGACAACAGAGGUAGUGGAAGGAGACACAGCUGUGUUUGAAGCAGAGACUGAAAAGACUGGCAUCAAGGUAAAAUGGCAGCGAGCUGGAGCAGAAAUGUUUGAAAACGAGAAGUAUAUCAUCAAGGCUGAGGGGAACAAGCAUUCACUCACUAUCAAUAACAUUGGAAGAGAGGAUGAUGCAACAUAUGCUGUAAUUGCAGGGAGUUCCAAGGUCAAAUUUGACCUCAAGGUCAAAGAGCCAGAAAAGUCUGAGGCAGUUCUUCCUACUGAAGCUGUUUGUACCCCAAUGGUCUCAGAGUCACCUACACCAGCAGAGACACAACCAGCAGAAUGCAGCAAGAGUUCCGAAGUUCCAGCUCCAGCUCCUGAGGCUCAGCCAGAGCCUCCUCUGGACCCUGUUGGUCUCUUUGUGACACGGCCUCAGGAUGGAGAAGUGACUGUCGGUGGAAACAUCACAUUCACUUGCAAAGUGGCAGGUGCUAGCAUGCUGAAGAAACCAUCAGUGAAAUGGUUCAAGGGAAAGUGGAUGGACCUGGGAAGCAAAGUGGGGAAACAUCUUCAGCUGCAUGACAGCUAUGACCGAAACAACAAGGUUUACAUCUAUGAAAUGCACAUUAUCCAAGCGAAAAUGACUUAUGCAGGGGGGUAUAGAUGUGAGGUGUCUACAAAGGACAAAUUCGAUAGCUGUAACUUCAGCCUGAUUGUCCAUGAAGCACCAGCAACAGGAGACAUGGAUAUCCGCACUGCCUUCCGCCGAACGAGCCUGGUGGGAGGAGGAAGACGGAUGCCUGCAACUUGUCACAGUGCAGAGGGACAUGAAGAUGGUGCAGAGCUGGAUUUUAGUGCCUUAUUGAAAAAGAGAGACAGCUUCUUGCGCUCAGUAAAUCGUGAACCAAAAACUGAAUCACAACCUGAUGUUGAUGUCUGGGACAUCCUGCGGAGAGCUCCUCCUUCUGAGUAUGAGAAAAUUGCUUUCCAGUACGGUAUCACAGACCUACGGGGGAUGCUGAAACGCCUCAAACGCAUAAAAAAGGAGGAGAAGAAAAGUACAGCAUUCCUCCAGAAGCUGGAUCCUGCUUACCAAGUGGACAAAGGACAGAAGAUCAAGUUAAUGGUUGAACUUGCCAACCCAGAUGCUGAAGUGAAAUGGCUGAAGAAUGGACAGGAGAUCCAAGUGAGCGGCAGCAAAUAUAUUUUUGAGGCUGUUGGGAAUAAGAGGAUCCUGACUAUCAAUCACUGCUCCCUAGCUGAUGAUGCAGCAUAUCAGUGUGUGGUUGAUGAGGAGAAAAGCUUCACAGAGCUAUUUGUAAAAGAGCCUCCAAUCCUGAUCAGCCAUCCAUUGGAGGACCAGGUGGUGAUGGUUGGAGAGAGAGUGGAGUUCGAGUGUGAAGUGUCUGAGGAAGGGGCUGCUGUGAAAUGGGAAAAGGAUGGAAUUGAGCUGAAACGGGAAGAGACAUUCAAGUACCGGUUCAAGAAGGAUGGGAAAAAGCAUUACCUGAUCAUUAAUGAGUCAACCAAGGAGGACAGCGGGCACUACACUGUGAAGACCAAUGGUGGGGAGUCAGUCGCUGAACUGAUCAUACAAGAGAAGAAGCUGGAAGUGUACCAGAGUAUCGCAGACCUGACAGUGAGGGCACGGGACCAGGCAGUCUUCAAGUGCGAAGUCUCCGAUGAGAACGUGAAAGGAAUCUGGUUGAAAAAUGGGAAGGAGGUGAUCCCAGAUGAGAGGAUAAAGAUCUCUCAUAUUGGCAGAAUCCAUAAGCUAACUAUUGAUGAUGUAACCCCAGAAGAUGAGGCUGACUAUUCUUUUGUCCCUGAAGGAUUUGCUUACAACCUUUCUGCCAAACUCAGAUUUUUGGAGAUCAAGAUUGAUUUUGUGCCAAGACAAGAACCCCCCAAAAUCCAUCUGGACUUCAUGGGUCAAGCAGCCCCUGACACUAUUGUUGUGGUGGCUGGGAACAAACUUAGAUUGGACGUUCCCAUAUCAGGAGAUCCAAUACCCACUGUCAUCUGGCAGAAAGUAAACAAGAACAGCUGCAAUGUGCUAAGCAAUGCUGAGUCCAUGGAUUCCCCAAACUCCAGCAGUGAUUUAAGUAAUGAGAGCAAGCUUCUCUCUGAAACUGAAGGUAGAGUUCGUGUAGAGAUGCAUGAAGACCACUGUAUCUUCAUCAUUGAAGGAGCAGAGAAGCCAGAUGAGGGGGUUUAUAGAGUUACAGUAAAGAACCCAGCAGGAGAAGAUAAGGCUGAUAUCACAGUAAAGGUUAUUGAUGUUCCUGAUCCUCCAGAGGCUCCCAAGAUCAUCGAUGUUGGAGAGGAUUACUGCACAGUACAGUGGCAACCCCCUAAAUAUGAUGGAGGACAACCAAUACUGGGCUAUAUCUUAGAGAGGAAAAAGAAGAAGAGCUACCGGUGGAUGCGGCUGAACUUUGACCUUUUGAAGGAGCUGUCAUAUGAAGCCAAGCGAAUGAUUGAAGGUGUUGUUUAUGAGAUGCGGCUUUAUGCUGUGAAUUCCAUUGGCAUGUCCCGGCCUAGCCCCGCCUCACAGCCCUUCAUGCCAAUUGCUCCCCCAAGUGAACCAACCCACUUGACAGUGGAAGACAUCUCUGACAGCACUGUUACCCUGAAGUGGAGACCCCCUGAGCGGAUUGGAGCAGGGGGACUAGAUGGCUACAAUGUGGAGUACUGCAAAGAAGGAUCUACGGAGUGGGUUCCAGCUCUUCAGGGUCUAACUGAGAGAACAUCUGCACUCAUUAAAGAUCUGGUCACUGGGGACAAACUCUACUUCCGUGUCAGGGCUAUAAACCUGGCUGGUGAGAGCGAACCAGCACUAACCAAAGAGCCUGUUACCAUCCAAGAGAUCCUGCAUGUCAUAUUUUGGUUAUCGACAGAACGUCCCAAAUUCUGGCUGCCACGCUAUCUACGGCAGACUCUGGUGAAGAAAGUAGGAGAGACAAUCAAUAUUGUGAUUCCCUUCCAGGGUAAACCUAGACCCAAAGUCACUUGGACAAAAGAUGGUCAAACACUAGACGCCAAAGAGGUGGGAAUUCGGAACAGCACCACAGAUACUAUCCUGUUCAUUCGAAAGGCUGAGCAUCACCACUCAGGGACAUAUGAAGUGGAAGUUCAGAUAGAAAACAUGAAUGAUAAGGUUGCUAUUACCAUGCAGAUAAUGGACAAACCUGGUCCACCUCAGAAUGUGAAAAUCAUAGAUGUGUGGGGAUUCAAUGUCGCUCUGGAGUGGAAACCACCCCAAGAUGAUGGCAAUGCGCAGAUCUCAGGGUACACAAUCCAGAAGGCUGACAAAAAGACAAUGGAAUGGUACACUGUUUUUGACCACUAUCGACGCACCAACUGUGUAGUGUCAGACCUGAUUAUGGGGAAUGAGUAUUAUUUCCGGGUCUUCAGUGAAAAUUUGUGUGGACUGAGUGAAACUGCUGCAACAACUAAAACUCCUGCCUACAUACAAAAGACAGGCGCCAUUUAUAAACCACCCAGUUACAAAGAGCAUGACUUCUCUGAAGCCCCCAAAUUCACUCACCCCUUAGUAAGCCGUUCUGUGAUCUCUGGAUACAAUGCUACGCUCAGCUGUGCUGUAAGAGGAAGCCCUAAGCCAAAGAUAUUCUGGUACAAGAACAAAGUGGAUCUCUCUGGAGAUGCCAAGUAUCGUAUGUUCAGUAAGCACGGGGUAUUGACCCUGGAGAUCCGAAAGCCCAGUCCCUUUGAUGGAGGCUUUUACACCUGUAAAGCUGUGAAUGAAUGUGGUGAAGCUGAAAUAGAGUGCAGAUUGGAUGUUAGAGUUCAGCUUCUACGGUGUGUCUCACUGUCUCUUAAUUCUUUUACCUCCUCCAGCACCUCAGUAAAACUCUAAACCUUAGUUCAUCAGCAAUUCCAGGUGGUGUUGGGGCUGGAAUUUGAAAAGAAGGAAAGGAAAAAAGAAAAAAAAUGAAUAACGGGUAGACCCAUGUACACCCAAAGCUCUGCUCAUCUUUAAGUGUCAUUUAAUGGGGGAGAAAGAUGUCCCUAUUUAGCUACACAGUUUCACCUAUUUCCCUUCUCAGAAUUUUUGAAGUGUUAUUGUCCCCAAUAACCAUGCAGGGGAAAUUGGAAUAUUUUCCCCAUUAACACUAGAGAUUCUCCUUUAGGACAGAAACAUUAAAGCUAAAUGCAAAACUGAUCCCCCACCCCUCAGGUCUGAAGUGAGCACAAACACUAACAUCAACUCUCCAAUGCUAAAAUAAAUCCUCUCUUUUUCCUCUUUGUCACUUUCAGAAUUCUAAAAUUCCUGAUGGGAUACUUGUAUUGCCCAGAAAUAUUACAGAUAGGAAAAUCCUAGCAGGUCAUUUGUUCUAGUGCUUCAACUUUAUCACCCCACAGGACCCUAGAUAAAAGAGACCUCACAGGGGUCUCUUUCCUCUUCCAACCUCCAACACCUGAUUCUCAAAAUGUUUACGUCUGUGGACUCAGGAAGGCCUCUACAGAUCCCAGCUUGUCCACGGAACAUUAUUUGAGAAUAUCUGGUCUAGGCUAUCGCACUGCUUGCUGUACAUAAGAUAGUCCCUGCUACCUAUUCACUAAUCAUCUUCUGGUUUGGUAAAUUACACUAGCAUGAACUCCUGUUUUUCAGAUGUUACUACAACACAUCAUGAAAGAACUCAAAUUCAAAACUAGCUUUCUGUCUCAGGAGAGAUGUUGAAAAAUGCAGUCAGGAAGUAAAGCAUACAAGACUAUUUCAAACCACAAAGCUUAUGAUGAAUUCAGCAAAAGCUUAUUUUAAUUUUGUAUCAUUUGUGGUUUUUCCAGACAGUUAUGUUCUUCAGUUAGGUUUUUGAAUUUGUUAAAAAAAACAAAAACCAACACACACCCUCUUGCUCCAGCAGAGUCUCCUGCUUCUAACUUGCUAGUUUUCAUUGUGUAAUCUUUUUCAGCUUAUAGUGGUAAUUAGAAGUCCCUGACUUGGUAUUACUCUCCUUUUACACUGGCGUGAAAAAGAGAAGGCAGGGAGAGGAAACCCAUCCAGGAAGUGAGGCUUUAUCAAAGAACUACAUCAGUUUCUUCAUAUUAAUACUCAGUGCUCCUGUUCUCCCCUCUAAGAUGUACUGCUCUUGAUGGAUGGGUAAUUCUGACUCAGCAGAUUGAUUGUACUACACUGUGAAGUGCAUCUUCAUAAUAAAGAUACCUGUGCAGUGACA